GCGGCGCGGCGGCGGCCUGGCAAGGCGGCCAGUCUACAAUACCCGGCCUUCGCAGAACAUGGAUCUGUAACUAAGUCCCACAAUGAGGUGUCUGUGAUCUAAGCACAAGAGGCGGUCGCCCACAAAAUCAGAAUGGCGUCAGAGCGCGCCAUCCCGCAUCUGCGGGACAUCUUCGGUCUCAGCCAGCAAUAUGAUACCAAAAGUUUCGAAGACGACGACAAAGGCAAGAAGUCCAAGAAAAAGAAGGAUGACUACCGCACUUACACAAACGGUGACGUCAAAACCUUAGAACGGCACCUCAGCAUGAAGAAGACUAUACGGAAGAAGAUCAUGCGGGAUCUACAGCAGGCGUUCGUUGAAGACCCUAACGAGUUUAAGGUCGAAAAUACGAGCCCUGAGAAAUUAAAGGCGGAGUUAAGCGCCGAGGCUGUGAAAAUUGAGAAGAACGUGAGGAAGAAUGAUCCGACGUUCCUGGAUAUGCUACGAGGAGAGACGAGGGGUGAGGAGGCCAGGGAGGAGCAGCCGCCGGCGGAGAAGACCAGCUUCUGGCGGCGGCUCACCAUGAAGAAUAAGAACAAGAGAUAAAGCAUACAUUGCCGAUACUCCAUUCUCAUCAAAGUUACUGGCCAUCUAGAAAAUUUAUAAACAAAAUGUUUGGCAAAAAAGAUUGGCGCCAACUACCUACGAUAUAAAUGUAAAUAUGGACGAAUUAAUUGAAAUCACGGAUGAAUUGACCAAUAGAAGCACAUUUUACCACCAUAUGGCGAAACCUCGAUCAGUCAAAAUCAGAUCAGUGCACUAGUUACUUCUAUAAUA